AUGCCUACUAGUUUCCUGCGGUUCGACAUGUUUGGUGUUGUCGAGAAUGUCUUCGGUGUUCAGAGGGAGCAGAUUGCAUCAGCCGUAUUCAUGGGCAAGCUAGCAUCUCAGAAGCAGCUCUCUCACGGGCCGACACAAUUCAAUAGUCCGCGCCGAAAGGCUGUUGCGCCCACCAACUGGGCCGCCUUCAAACCGGUUGUGGGCAAAUAUGCGAAGAUAGCCGCAUGCUGA